AUGUCUCAUCCGUUCAUCACAGCAGAAGUCUCGGACUCCAGCCUUGACGGUGUGCAGUCUGAGACCUCUCCCCCAAGUCGGGCCAAGCGCCUUCCUGGGGAAGCAGCUGACCGCGGAUCAGCGAAGGAGCUGCCCGAAGAAGGCUACGGGUUUAGGAGGGAUAACCAAGGCCCGGGAGUGAGAGGCCAAACGAAGGAAGUGGCGUUGCUGGAAAGACAACAACCUCCAGGGGACAGGCUGGGGGAGCCAGGUGCAGAGGGGUCUGCAGAUGACCAUUUUGAAACAGGGAACUUUACCUGUUUUGAGCACACUGAAUAUAUGACAGAGAGUGAGCGAAGAUAUUAUCCACCUUGGAUAUCAGGAAAUCAGAGCAAUUCAAGCAGUCGAGAUUCCAGGAGACGAAACUCAGGUCAAGAACAUUUGUCAUUUCCAAGAGGACUCAGAGAACAUGUGGAAACUACACAGUCUAACUUGAUGUUUGCAACUUCCUCUACAUCCCAAGAAACUACAACUGAAACACUAGUGGAAGAGGCUUCUAGCAGAUCUCAAAGGUUAAGACACAGGAGACAGAGAAAUCGCACAGCUAGAAGAAGAGCUGAACGAGGUUCAAAUUCAAAUAUAUCAAGUGAACAUGUAGUGCAAUUUCAUGAUAGCAUAUCACCUGAGGCUUUUGACCAGUUGUUGGUAAGUGAGACUGAGACAUUCUCCAGAAAUGAGCCACAUGAGGUAUUCAGACAAGAGAGAAGCAGACCUGUGCUACCAAGGAGAGAUAAUUUUGCAGCUUUUGGACGAAGCAGUAAUUUCCAAGGUGAAUAUUCUCCACACACAACUGGAAACAGGGAGUCUGGACAUUUGCAAAGAACACGUACAAUCAGAGUUCCUGAACUUCAAAUAACAAUUUUUCCUAGAGUAGAUCCUCCAAGUGAUGACACAGGUAGUAUAAUUCCAUUCAUACCCAACACAGUAUACAAUAGUGACACUGUCGGCGGUGUUCUCGAAGAGAUCAGAAAUGUAUUUCCACAUGCUGAAGAGGCAGGUGUAACAAGUCAUGUCGGUGCCCUCAGAAUACCUGCUUUCAGAAAUUCAAAUACUAGUUUACAAGGCACAAGUUCUACUGCAAGCCCUGGAAGAACAUUAGAGCAGACAAUGACAGCAUCUAGUGGAUCUAGUACCCUGAUGGACACUGAUAGCGAUGUGCAGUGUAGUGGCCCACCUCAAAACAUGCACAGGGCAGAGUCCCAGCAUAGAAGAGAUGGUUCUAAUUUAAAUCGCAGGUUUGAACCUCAUCAUGGUGCAACAACCACUUGCAAUCCAAGCUCCAGCUGCACUCCUGGGCCUAGUAAUCACGCUAUGUUCAGUGCCAGGUCUCAUAAUGAAAAUCCAGAAAUUGCCUCAGAGAUGUUUGAAGGCAUUAAUGAAAGACGUGCACCAGUAGGCUCACGAUCACAGCCCAGACAAGGUCAUCAUACACACUCAGAAAUACUUAAUGAACUUGAAGCCUGGCAGCUCUUAGGUGAGCCAUUCUUUCUAGAUUUAAGUAUGUUUCUCCUUCUUCCUGGACUCACACAGGAAGUGAUUGGUAACUUGCCAGUAAGAAUAUUUGGCAAAACGGAAGCUGAGAAGUCCUGCAGUGUUUGCCUUUCAGAAUACAAAGAAGGUAGUGAGAUCCGCACACUGCCAUGUUUCCACGAGUAUCAUGUUCACUGCAUUGAUCCUUGGCUGUUGAAUAAUUCCACCUGUCCUGUGUGUCGCACAGAAGUGACAGGUGCUAAUGAUAGAGAAAAUUCUUAA